UACACACAUUCCGUUCGACUUCAUACUAUCCUACGCACCACCUUCGUCUCCUUUGGUUUUUGCUUUCCUCCAAUUUCACAACCAAAGAACUGAGUCUCCAGAACACUUUUUUCCUGCUCUAAGUUGGACAGCUGCAAAGCCAAAACCAUGUCAAGUGUAAUAGUUUGGAGCAAAGAAGAAGAUAAAGCUUUUGAAAAUGCCAUUGCUACGCAUUGGGUGGAUGAGGACUCCAAUGAGCAUUGGGAGAAGAUUGCUUCAAUGGUCCCUAGCAAAAGCAUGGAUGAACUGAAGCAACACUACCAAAUGCUAGUGGACGAUGUACGAGCAAUAGAGGAAGGACAUAUACCUCUCCCCAACUAUGUAGGACAGGAAGCAACAUCUUCAAGCAAAGACAAUCAUGGCCUUUCUGGGGCUACUGAUUCGAAUAAGAGGUCAAAUUGUGGCUAUGGAAGUAGGUUUUCAGGAUUGGGAAAUGACUCCGCGGGGCACGGAGGGAAAGGAGGGUCCAGGUCGGAACAAGAACGACGAAAAGGGAUUCCAUGGACAGAAGAAGAGCAUAGGUUGUUUCUACUUGGCCUUGACAAGUUUGGCAAGGGGGAUUGGAGGAGUAUUUCAAGAAACUUUGUCAUUUCCAGGACUCCCACACAAGUGGCUAGCCAUGCCCAAAAGUACUUCAUUCGCUUGAAUUCGAUGAAUAGAGACAGGAGGAGAUCUAGUAUCCAUGACAUUACAAGCUUGAACAAUGGAGAUGUCACUUCUCAUCAAGCACCCAUUACUGGCCAACAGAACAACAUGAAUAUGUCAAGUGUAGCUGCCAUAGGACCACCGGUGAAGCAUAGGGCUCCGGCUCCACUGCAUAUGCCUGGUUUAGGCAUGUAUGGAACACCGGUUGGGCAUCCAAUCGCUGCUCCAGGGCAUAUGGCGUCAGCUGUUGGGACUCCUAUCAUGCUUCCUCCUGGACAUCAUCCCCAUUCCCACCCUCCUCCCUACGUAGUCCCAGUUGCUUACCCAAUGCGACCUCCACCAAUGCACCAAUAACAUUCCUCCCUGUUGUAGUCAAAGUUUUUCAAGCUUGCAUACAGAGGAAGCGAUUUAUACAGGGAAAUAUCACAUUGCAUUGGUAACUCUGGACAGAUCACGACACUGUUGUAUCAAGUUUUAGCCGAAAUAUGCUUUGUAGAUUAUCACUA